GCCCACCACCCUCCCUCUUCCAUUCGGUGCGUCUCGGUCCGCCCGCAGCAGUCUCCUUUCCCGGCGAGGUUUCACUACAGAGAUGGCUGCGAAAGUGUGCAGAUCAGUACUCCUGUUGUCCCGGAGCAGCGGAGCGGUGGCCGGUAACCUCCCCGCACUUGUUGUCUCUUCACAGCGGCAUCAUCAGCACAUAAGACCGCAGGAGGUACUGUGUGCUCCUUUCACCCGUCAGACUGUCAGGAGAGCACAUGGCUUACGGUCUGCAGCCCACUCCACACUCUUCACCCAGCCUCCCACUGCCCUGUCUCCACAGGUUUGGAGGGGCGCCCCCUCAUGGCAUGGACAGAGACUGUUGUGUUCCUCCGCUGUUCCAGAAGAGGUGACAGUGGUGUAUCAGAACGGUCUGCCGGUGAUCUCAGUCAGUUUGCCAUCCAGGCGAGAGCGCUGUCAGUUCACCCUCAAGCCUCUCAGUGACUGUGUGGGAGUUUUCCUGCAACAGCUCCAAGCAGAGGACAGAGGCAUCGACCGGGUAGCCAUCUACUCCACGGAUGGAGCGAGGGUCGCCUCCUCCACAGGCAUAGAUAUCCUGCUGCUGGAUGAUUUUAAGCUCGUCAUUAAUGACACCACACACCUCGUGCGGCCACCAAGGAGAGAGCUGCUGCCCCAUGAGGAGGCGGAAAGGCUGAAUGACGUCAAGUUUCUGGUGCAGCAGCUCUACACCACCCUGCGCAUCGAGGAGCACCAACUCGGCAAGGAACGGGAGCUGAUUGGACGACUGGAGGACCUCAACUCUCAACUCCGCCCCUUAGAGAAGGUGAAGGAGGAGCUGAAUAGGAAGGCAGAGCGGCGUACCACCUGGGUGCUGUGGGGCGGCAUGGCGUAUAUGGCUACCCAGUUUGGCAUCCUGGCCAGGCUCACCUGGUGGGAGUACUCCUGGGAUAUCAUGGAGCCCGUCACCUACUUUAUCACUUAUGGCACGGCCAUGGCCAUGUACGCCUACUUCGUGCUUACACGCCAGGAGUACGUUUACCCCGACGCUAGAGACAGACAGUAUCUGCUGUUCUUCCACAAGGGAGUGAAAAGGACACGCUUCGACAUUGAGAAGUACAACAAGCUGAAGGAUGAUAUCGCUGAGGUGGAGUUGGAUCUGAAGCGUCUUCGGGACCCACUCCAGCUCCAGCUCCCAGUUCAGCAGCUCACCGCCAGUAAAAAUUGAUAGGAAUUGAUAAUGACUUCCUCCUCUCUCCGCUCCUGCAAACCCCCUUUCCCUCUUCCCUCUUCUGUCCAACACCCUUCUCCCUCCCCUUUUACCCCCAACUCUUUCCUCAGACUCCUCCCUCCCACACC